UACCCUAUAUAGUUCAUUCGGGACGGACUUUAGCGCGUUAAUGUUAAUGAGAGUAGCCUAAUAUCUGUUCGUAUUGUUUUUGGGUCAGUGAGUAAUGUUAGUGUGUUUACUGUGAAGCUCUAUCGAUGGGUGUUUUGAAACUUUACUGUGUUUCCAUUAGAAGUUGUCUAAACAUUUUUGAGCGAACUCUAUUGCCUUAUGCGUAUUUCAUUAUUUGCGAAAAUGACUUGUUUUUACAACAAUAUCCCACCUCCGUGCGAGGGAAAUAUUCCAUAUAUACCCUUGAAUUAUGACCAUUUCUCCUUUUAGGCUACUGUAUUUUACUGUAUCAGGUCUCCAUGCUUUCAACAGUUGUUGAUACUAAGUAUCCUGUGCGUAAAGCUUUGUGGAUAGACAUAUGGCUACUGUAUUCUACAUCUGCAAUUUAUUCUCCAGUCGCUGUAGGCUACUCUCUGUAGAAUGGUUUCAUUUUGAAACAGCGAAUAAUUAUUUUCCUGCAUACUGUAAUAGUGGAUAUAUUAAUAUCUGCAACAGUACGCCGGUCUUUGGCAGUAGGCUGUAGGUAAAAUAUUUGAUUUCAGUCUCUGCAGUCAAGAACGUUGAUGUGCGGUGAUUGUCGUGUACAGAUGGCUGGCUUCACUGCAGGCGGGUGCCACUGUCAAAAACCUUGGCGCCUGUUCUGAUUGCAGUUCGGAAUGAACACUGCUGUAGGCCUACAAAUAUUGAUGCAGCCUACAUGAUUACUGUUUUACAAAAGUUAUACUGGUGUAGCCUAUUUGAUCUCAAGGUUAUGCUGGUUAUGUUUUGCACUUUGAGUGUUGGACAUCUUAUCUUUUAUUACAUUUUUCCCCCCACGUCACUCUGGAUCAACUUGAAUGCAAUUCUGGAUGGAACCUGGAUGUGCUGUAUGAAUUAUCAUGGGUGAAUCGUCAUGACGACAGAACCAAAUUCAGAGUCCAGCGCGGACCAGCAGGAGGCCAGUGCGGUUCCACUCCUGGAGGCGGACUCUUUCCCCCCGGCCGCCGCCCACAGCACGCCUGUCAGGAAGAAGCAGAACGGCGAGAGAGCGGAGGGAGGCGUGGUCCCACAGGAGAAUCAGCUUGAGCCAUCGCAGGCGGAGGAGGACAGGACCUCACACAGGUCGUCCACCAGUAAGCUGUCCAGGUCCCCCGGUGGAGGCCGGAGCGUCCGCAGCUACAAGACCAUGCAGUGCAAGGUCACCCUGCUUGAUGGCUCCGACUACACCUGUGUGGUGGAGAAACGGGAGAGAGGCCAUGUGUUAUUCCACAAAGUUUGUGAGCAGCUUAACCUCCUGGAAAAGGACUACUUUGGCAUCACAUUCCGGGAUAUCGAAAACCAAAAGAACUGGUUAGACCCAUCUAAGGAGAUGAAGAAACAGAUCAGAGGUGCGUGGAAUAUGGGAGUCGCCUGGAAUUUUUCAUUCAACGUGAAGUUCUACCCUCCAGACCCUGCCCAGCUGUCUGAGGAUAUUACAAGAUAUUACCUGUGCCUCCAGUUGAGGGAUGACGUGGUGUCGGGGCGUCUGCCCUGCUCCUUUGCCACCCACACGGUGCUGGGAUCCUACACGGUCCAAUCAGAGCUGGGGGACUACGACCCAGAGGAGUCUGGGACAGACUACGUCAGCGAGUUCCGCUUUGCCCCCAACCAAACCAAGGAGCUGGAGGAGAAGAUCAUGGACCUGCACAAGAACUACAAAGGAAUGAUGCCAGCUGAGGCUGAGAUGCACUUCCUCGAGAACGUGAAGAAGCUGUCCAUGUACGGAGUGGACCUUCACCAUGCCAAGGAUUCCGAGGGUGUUGAGAUCAUGUUGGGCGUGUGCUCCAGUGGUCUUCUGAUCUACCGCGAUCGCUUGCGCAUCAACAGGUUCGCCUGGCCCAAGGUCCUCAAGAUCUCCUACAAAAGGAAUAAUUUCUACAUCAAAAUACGCCCUGGAGAGUUUGAGCAGUUUGAAAGUACAAUUGGGUUCAAGCUCCCCAACCAUAGGGCGGCCAAGAGAUUAUGGAAGGUUUGCGUGGAGCACCACACUUUUUUCAGGUUGGUGUCUCCAGAAACUCCCCCCAAGAAGUUCCUAAACCUGGGUUCGAAGUUCCGCUACAGCGGGAGAACCCAGGCCCAGACUCGACGAGCGAGCUCCCAGAUCGUCCGCCCGGCGCCCUGCUUUGAGCGCUCCACCAGCAAGCGCUACAUCAUGUCUCGCAGCCUGGACGGAGCUCCGCAGAGUACACCCAAAAGGAGUUCACCCCAAAAAACUGUAUCACCGAGAAUUAAACCACCUGCUAGUUUAAACGGCACUAAACCAACAGAGAUGGGCUCGGAUCUAUACGGAAGGGCGAAGGGCAUCGCCGUGAGUGACCUCAUCACCACGGUGACACCGGAGAAAAAGGUGGAGGAGAGGAAGGCGGAGGAAGAGGUGGAAGUAGAGGUGCAGGUGGAGGAGGAAGACGAGACCACGAAAGCCACCGAGAUGUCUCAGCCAAGUCCAACCUCUCCCAUUCGACACGACACCAAGACGGAUCUGACUGACACUUGUGUCGAUGGUGAACUGACAGCUACUGAGUCGGACCAAGACGAUGAGUCUGAGUUAAAGACACAGAACAGUUUCAUAAGGCGAAUUAAAGGAGAGAAUGUGUUUGUCAGACAUAGUGUGCUGAUGUUAGAGGACACAGUGGGCACGCCAGAGGAGCUGUUGAAACACGCGACCAACAUCAGCGAGCUCAAGAGGUCGUUCCUGGAGACGGGCGCCGACACGGCCGGCCUCACCGAGUGGGAGAAGAGGCUGUCCUCGUCCCCCCUGCGCUCGCUGCGUCUCGACGAAGCCCCUAUGAUCGAACCACUGGAGCUCGAUGAAGUACCGAGCAAAGAGGAUGAGAGAGAGGAUGAGAGAGCAAUGGCUGCAGGCGGUAGCAUUGAGGAGGAGAUCAACCACAGCCCUGUGGAUACUAAGACUACUGUGGAUUCUGACGGGUGGGUAAUAGUAAGUAAAGUCCCUCCUAAGGUAACCGAAAAUAAAAACAUUGUCAACUAUAAAGUUAUGAUCGUCACUAACACUGUGGCCGAAGGACCGCUCGCCAGCACCAGUCGUGGCAUAGUCGGCAAGGAGUUGAAAGCGUAUGAGAGCUUCCGCACCGAACUCCCCUCCAAAACCGAGGAGAUGAGAGAGAAGAACUAUACCCUGGGCAAGUCCUACGACACCAUGUCAGGCAAGAUCGUCACAAUGACAAAGCGGGCCAAAGAUGGUGGGGAGGCAGUGGCGGCUGCUCCGGCAGCAUUUGCCAGGGAGCUGAAGAGGGCAGCAGACGAAUCCACCACCACAGUGAAGAUCAUCCCGGUGUCGACUGAGUAUGAGAUGCCGGUGUCUGUCCACAUGGGUCUCCCGCCCCAGGAGGGAAUCGGACCCCCCAUGGUUACCAUCAAGGAGGCCAGGACGCCCUCUCCAUCCGAGCCCAGCGACGGUGCCCUGGGCGCCGCGCGGACCGUGGUGUCCAUCCACUCCAGCCAGGACAUCAGUGAUGCCGCGAGAGUGUACAGCAAGAAGCAGCUGAGGGAGACUUUUCUCCUGGGAGACAGGAGCACCACCCCUGUUGCGCCUCACACACCUCUCUCGCCGCGCUCCCCCAUGGCCAAGUCACCUAUGGCAAAGUCUCGCAUGACAAUGCCAAAGCCUCCAAUGGCGGAUCUGCGUCUGAGCCCCGGCCCCGUGUCCUAUCUAUCCAGAACCCCAUCGCCCUCCAAAGUGCCUAAGCCGACCUUUGAGGAGAUGUCCCCGGAGCUCACCGCUCUCUUACAGUCGGCCCGAUAUCAGACCAGCACGCGGGGUUGGACUGCCUCGCCUGCCCAUAGUCAGGCCCUGCUCAAGACAACAGAGAAGGUGGAGCGGAACGUGCUGCAGACAGAGGUGGUAUCAUCCCAGCAAACAGAAGAGGUUGAGGAUCAGCCGAAAGAACAGCAGACAGAGGACCAGGAGCAGCCGGUGGAGAAACAGCCUGACGACCGGCCUGACGACGUGGAGAAACAAGCUGGUCAGCAGCCUGAGCAGACAUCUGUGCUGGAGUCUCCAGAGGUCCUGACCUUCAACAGGGCAGACGUGAUGGAGGAGACAGAGAUGCUGGUGACCCAGGAGGUACCUGUAAUACACACGGAAAUGAAAACCAUCACAUACCGGUCACUGGAGGGUGACGCUGACACUGAUCCAGAGGCGGGGGUGUUGAUGAGCGCCCAGACCAUAACCUCAGAGACCACCAGCACCACCACAACCACACAUAUCACCAAGACUGUGAAAGGAGGCAUCUCGGAAACGAGGAUCGAGAAGAGAAUCGUCAUCUCGGGGGAUGCAGACAUUGACCAUGACGAGGCCCUGGCUCAGGCCAUAAAAGAGGCCAAAGAGCAGCACCCUGACAUGUCAGUGACCAAAGUAGUGGUCCACAAAGAGACUGAGAUCACGCCUGAGGAGGGCGAAGAGUGACCGCAGGAUUGAAGGAUCACUGGGUUCACCGACGUUUCAGGGGCAUUCUGUUAACGUUACUUCACGCUCUUCAGAGUAUGAGAUGCAAGCAGGACAGUGACGUUGCCAACAGACAACACACCACUGUAGAGGACACUACUACUACUACUACUACUCCGCCUGACUACUACUGGACUAACCUAACCCACACUCACCAACACUACUGGCAAACACAGACCUCCAAAGCUGGCCAGCCCUUCAUUGGAACAUGUAUACUGCAUGAAAAGGGAUAAUUUCUGCAUUUUGUAAAGGAGAAAACAAAUACAUUGGAGGAAAUAUCAAAAUAUAUACAUGUUUUACUUGACCUGUGCACUCAGGCUCAAAGGGAGAAGAAUGUAUGUCAUGAGAGUUUUGAGUUUUAUUAUAGUAUACUCUGUUUUAUUUAUUAUCGAACUACAAUAAUAAUAGCUAGGCUGAACGUGUAUGAUGGCACAAUAUUUAUCCAUGCAAUAGAUGUGACAUUCAUCUUGCCAUACGUCCCCAUAUUUAGCCCAAUGCUGAUUUUAUUCCUUUUUACAUACAGUAUUGCCUGGAAAAAGGCAAAAAUAAUAUGUAUGGUACUGGUACGUACAUUUGCUUAGUAGGCCAUAUACCCUCAAAGAUGAUGUUGUUGUUUUUACUUUCAUUGUAAAUAUGUUCAUUUGGUUUUCCUUCAAUUACAAAGUAAAGAUGCGUAUAAUGAGCCAAAAUCUCGUAGAAUUGUGUUAGAAGGGAAUGUUAAACAGACUCCAUUACUGUGACUUCCGAGUUGAUCAAGAAAACCCUUAUAAUAUGUCUUCACACGGUGGUCGGCGGAUUGAACGUUCUUGUUGGGUUGUAUCUGAAAUGACACCCUAUUACCUAUAUAGUGGGCUUUGGUCAAAAGCAGUGCACUAUAUAGAGAAUAGAGUGCCAUUUUAGACAGUCUUGCUCAUUCUUAAAUCAUACCCAGAAUGCACCUCUCAUCCCUGCGUGGCACAUCCAAGCCUUAAAACUGUGAAGAACGGACAGACAACCUCCAGUACAACCCUGCAAUGUGCGUUUGAUUUCUCCCAGGCCGAUGUGUCAGCGGCCAUUCAACACGGGGGCAUCAUGCUCAUUGAACCUGAGGUGACAUGCUCCCCUCAAUGUAAACAACUGGGAUGAGAAUGCAUCAUUAGUAGUGUCUUAUAUAAAAUAAAAACUAAGACAUAUGUUUGGUCAUCGGUCCCCCCUCAGCGAUAUUAAGAGCAUGAUGCCUCUGAUCCCACUCCUUCGACUCAUCAGCUGCAAAAUCAUCCAUGUUGAAUGUCUCCCACAAGAUAAAUAAAAUGAUAAAUCCA